AAGUUACCGAAACAUUGACAAUCUCUAUAAAUCUGAUUGUGAAUGAGCUGCAUGCACAUCUCGUCUGCCUGCGUUAUCUUUAAUGGGUCAGCAGAUAACUUCAACAAAUGAACUUGAAAUUAUGAAAUACAAACCAUGCAAAAGCUAAUGUAAUUACUGAGUUGUACACAUCAAUGAGUUGUAAGAUUACAUGCGUGACAAUCAUGUAAAUGAGCAGCGGUUCCUUUUAUUCAUUCAGUGCAUAUCCAGACUGAAUCUCUCUCUCUCUCUCUCUCGUUCAAAAUAGCCAUGCACAGUUCCCUAGCGCUCAGAGAGUUCAGACAGCUGUGCGCAAACACCGGAUCGUCUGGAGUGCACCGGAUUCGCUCGGUGUAGGAUUCGCUCCUCGGUCAUGCGGCGCGCCUCGGUACCGGAGACAGCAUGCGCGACCGAACCGAGCCGCGGGAGACGCUGACGCGCGCGCUGAUCCUCUGGACGCUGCUCGGGAACGCUCUGGUGUGCGCCACCGUGCUGCGCUUCCGCCACCUGCGCGCCAAAGUCACGCACGUCUUCAUCGCGUCGCUGGCCGUGUCGGACCUGCUGGUGGCCGUGCUCGUGAUGCCGUGGAAGGCUGUGGCGGAGGUGGCCGGCUUCUGGCCGUUCGGCGCGUUCUGCAACAUCUGGGUGGCGUUUGACAUCAUGUGCUCCACCGCGUCAAUCCUGAACCUGUGCGUGAUCAGCGUGGACCGCUACUGGGCCAUCAGCAGCCCGUUCCGCUACGAGCGCAAGAUGACCCCGCGCGUCUCCUUCGUGAUGAUCGGCGCGGCGUGGACGCUGUCCGUGCUCAUCUCGUUCAUCCCGGUGCAGCUGGACUGGCACAAAACCGACGCGGGCGCCGCGGAGCCCAACGCGUCCGACGCGGACAGCUGCGACUCGAGCCUGAGCCGCGUGUACGCCAUCUCCUCGUCCCUCAUCAGCUUCUACAUUCCCGUGGCCAUCAUGAUCGUCACCUACACGCGCAUCUACCGGAUCGCGCAGGUCCAGAUCCGGAGGAUCGCGUCGCUGGAGCGCGCUGCAGAGCACGCGCAGAGCCGCCGGUCCGACCGGAGCCUCCACCGGAGCCUCAAGACGUCGUUCCAGCGCGAGACCAAAGUCCUGAAGACGCUGUCCGUGAUCAUAGGCGUGUUCGUGUGCUGCUGGCUGCCGUUCUUCGUGCUCAACUGCGUGGUUCCGUUCUGCCGCCGCGAGCCGUGCGUUAGCGACACCACCUUCGACGUGUUCGUGUGGUUCGGCUGGAGCAACUCGUCGCUCAACCCCGUCAUCUACGCCUUCAACGCGGAGUUCCGCAGGGGCUUCUCCAGUCUGCUCCGCUGCCGGACUCCGGUGGAGACGGUGAACGCCAGUAACGCGCUCGUGUCCUACAACCGGGAGGCGGCGAGCGCGUGCGUCAACAUCAUCCCGAACGUGGUGGACGAGACGCUCGACCGGAUGUCGCAACUGUCGCGGGGCGGCGACGUCGACCUGGACGGCGCGUUCACGCCGAACGGCAUCCUCUGAGCGCGAGCGUUAACGAAAAGUUGCGCUGUAGUUGUCACAUGCCUGCGCUGCCGUUUGAUCCGCGUCCGUGACUCACACCGGCCGGAGAGCUCCGCUCCAGCUCAGCUGUGUUCUGAUGCACUGAUUCAUGGCUUGAUAGUGCGGUGAUGUGGUGCUCUGAGGAUUCUGGAGGUGCAGCGCUGUUUGAUGGUGAAUGUCUUCACUGUGUUUCAUUACUGUAAUGUUUAUUGUUUACAAAAGCGAAGCCUGUAGAUGCACUGUAAUGAAACACCUCCAGAGCUGUAAACUGUGAACAGAGACUCUGAAUGUGUGUGUGUGUGUGUGUGUGUGCGUGUGCGUGUGUGCUGUUCUUGUGCAGUCAUGUGCACAGAUGUUUUUUAAUAAAAUGACCAUUAAAUGAGCAUAUUUUGUGCUUGCAGGUGUGUGUUCAGCGGCUGUCUGAGGAACAGUGUUUUCUCUGUCUGGUUAUUGUUAUGGUAGAAGUGAUUUCUGAUUACUAAAUGACAUAAAACAAUGCAAUCUGUCGCUCAGAUGAUCUGAUCCAGUGUUAGCAGAGCAAUGAUGUUCCUUCAGUAUUUCUGUCUUGUUUUUCAGAACAAAUAUCGAAACAUUCUGAAAUCAAGAUACAUUUACUGGAGAAUCAAAAUGACUGAAGAUAUUAAUUCUCGUUUUCUGAAAGAAACAAAAGAGUGAGUUUUUGCUUAAAACGAACAAAUA